AUGUUGAUACACGAUGGUGAUACCUAUCUUUGGACCGGUUCCUUGGCCGACUUAAAGUGCUUUGUUGAUGAAAUUUUAAAUCUUAAAGGGAAGUGGAGCUCUCCAGGAGGCGAAGCGAAGCUGUUUUGUGCUACAAAGCCUGACUUUGUUAUUAAAUGGUUUGGCUGGCGGUCCCAGAAACUUGUGAUUCAAGUAGACAGUGCUGAGAACUUUUUAACACAGAAGUUUGAGAGCUUGGUGAACAAGAGUAAAGGAAACAAAGCUGAUAGCAAGAAUGGUACUGAUGGAGUGAUUGUUAGCGAUGGCGAUACAGCACAUCCUGCUGUACUGGAGGUAUGUAAAUGUUCCUGCUCUGUUGAUCUAGAGGGCUUGAAGCUUGAAAUAACAAUUUUAGAAUCGCGAUUAUUUGCCGCAAUUUCCAAAAAUGAGCUUGAGUCAGAUAUUGAUCUGCUCAGAGUUAAACAGAAAGAAUCGGAAGCCGCUAUAAGACGCCAAGACGAUGUGAUUUGUACUCUUAACGAAGAGAAUCAAUUCCUUAAAGCAAGGCUGUUGGCUCUUGAAGAGUCGUUUCUCAAGAUAACUUAUAAUGUCAAUAAAGACAAAGAACCUGGCUUAUCAGUUUACAAAGCUAAAAGUAUUGACAAAGCGGCCGCUUUUCAUGCCAGUGAACAAUAUAACAAAAGUAACCUCAGCUCAAUUAACACUGAAUUACGUAAUACCUCUCAUGACAAUAGUCUUGCUCGGCAUAAUAACAACGGACAAUGCAAUGCCGAUGAUUUGAAUAAUAAUCAAAUUGAUCUUGCAAAUGAUGAUGCUGUGUUUUCCUCAAAACAGCAGAAUGAAAAUAAUAUACACAAAGGCAUAAAUUCGAACUUGCAAUCCGAAUCGCAGCAGUCAACCAACAUAGAAGGGAAUAAACUUAGAUAUGAUCUGUCCCCAAAACCCUCUCAUGACAAUAGCCGUAUUAGUUACGAUCCAUCUCUAAAAACCUCUCAUGACAAUAGCCUUAUUCGGCAUAAUGACAACAGCCAAUGCAAUGCCGACGAUUUGAAGAAUAAUCACAUUGACCUUACAAAUGAUGAUGCCGUGCUUUUCCCACAACAGCAGAAUAAAAAUAAUAAACAUAAAGGCUUAAAUUCGAACUUGAAAUCGGUAUCGCAGCAGUCAAUUAACAGCGAAAGGGAAAAAACCAAAUACAAUCCGUCUCUAAAAUCCUCUGUCCCGUGCCCUUUUCUCAUACGCCGUGGUAGAUGUUUUAAAGGCGACCGAUGCGACUUUAAACACCCAAAACCAUCUGAAACACGGAAGUGCAAUAUACCAUGUCCUUUUCUGCAUAAAAGAGGGUACUGUCUGAAGAAAGAGAUGUGUGAUUUUUCCCACGACAAAUUGAUACGUAACUCAUCCCCCAUGCCCUAUCCAGGCGAUUAUGCUUCUCCUGAUUUUUUAUCACACCGAUUCACCAACCCAUUUCCGCCGUACCAGAAUUAUUAUUACCGAGAACCUUGA